AAUACACAAUGAAAAUGUUGAUGUACAUUGUUGUGUUUGUUCUUCUCUUCACUGGUUGCAUAGCCAACAAAAAGGCAGAUUCACUGAUUCAAGAAUCUUGCAAAAAAAUUUCAAAAUCCGUAUUAGUGGACACCAUUCCACAUUUCGAAAAAGAUUGCAUUGAAUCUCUCAAAGCGAAUCCGGAGAGCCAGAAAGCGAGAAAUAUCGAUGAUUUAAUCAUGGUAGGAAUGAAUAACGCCAUGUCACAGUUAAGCAACGUGAAAACAACUGUGGAGAAGAUUAUAAAAGAGAAGAAAUAUAAGAGUAGCCUUAGUAAGAAGUUGUUGGGAGAGUGCCUUAAGCUUUACUCCAAGAGCGCUCACAUGUUAACCUCAGGUUUAAAUUACCUCAAAAAGGGAAACUUGGAGAAGGCACAAUAUGAAAUUAAUGAUGCAGAUGAAGCACCGGUAUUUUGCGAGUUGAAAUUCAACGGCGACAAUCAACAGAUAUCUCCCGUGAAAAAAGAAAAUGAUCUUCUCUUAACAAUGAUCAACAUUCCUUAUAUGAUACUUAUGGAACAGAAUUUAUAGUCUAGUGGAGAUGAUAGGCCAGAAUUUUAAAAGAGGUGUUAAGUGAUUUUUACUGAAAAAAAGUGAUGAAAAUAUAAAUAGUUCUCAUUAAUAAUUUUAUUUUCGGUGUUAAAUUCUUCUUUGUUUGAAUAAUGUAAUCAAAUGAUAUUUGCGGAUUCUUAGGAAAUAAUUUGUAUCA